AUGUCUAAGGACAAGAAUGACACCAACCAGACCUCGAGCACAGGCGUUCCAUCAAUGGAACCUGAUGGUACUAUCGAGAGCAAUUGGACUGAAGUGGUCGAACAAUUCGAUCAGAUGAACUUACGUGAACCACUUUUACGUGGUAUUUAUGGUUAUGGUUUCGAAAGACCUUCUGCUAUUCAACAACGUGCUAUUAAACCCUGUAUUUUGGGUCAUGAUGUCAUUGCCCAAGCACAAUCGGGUACAGGCAAAACAGCAACAUUUGCCAUUUCAAUAUUACAACAACUUGACCCGGACUUCAAAGAUUGUCAAGCGUUGAUUUUAGCACCCACUCGAGAAUUGGCUCAACAAAUUCAAAAAGUAGUGUUAGCCCUCGGUGAUUAUAUGGGUGUAACAUGUCAUGCUUGUAUCGGUGGUACAAAUGUUCGUGACGAUAUUAAACGACUUGAAACAGGUGUUCAAAUUGUGGUCGGUACACCAGGACGUGUUUAUGACAUGCUUAAUCGAUCUGCUCUUCGUAGCAAAAGUAUCAAAAUGUUCGUAUUAGAUGAAGCUGAUGAAAUGUUAUCACGUGGUUUCAAAGAACAAAUCUAUGAUGUAUUCACAACAAUGCCACAAAAUAUUCAGGUUAUUCUUUUAUCAGCUACAAUGCCAAGUGAUGUACUUGAAGUAACAACUAAAUUUAUGAAUGAUCCAAUUAAAAUUCUCGUUAAAAAAGAAGAAUUAACUCUUGAAGGUAUUCGACAAUUUUAUGUAACUGUUGAACGUGAGGAAUGGAAAUUAGACACGCUUUGUGAUUUAUAUGAAACAUUAACAAUUACACAAGCUGUUAUUUUUUGCAAUACACGUCGAAAAGUCGAUUGGCUAACGGAAAAAAUGCGUUCACGGGAUUUUACUGUAUCAGCAAUGCAUGGUGAUAUGGAUCAAAAAGAACGUGAUGUAAUCAUGAAAGAGUUUCGAACAGGUUCUAGUCGAGUAUUGAUUACAACUGAUUUACUUGCACGGGGUAUUGACGUACAACAAGUUAGUCUUGUUAUCAACUACGACUUACCAAAUAACCGUGAAAAUUAUAUCCAUCGUAUUGGGCGUGGUGGUCGAUUCGGUCGAAAAGGUGUAGCAAUCAACUUCGUUACCGAUGAUGAUCGACGCACAUUACGUGAUAUUGAACAAUUCUAUAAUACACAAAUACAAGAAAUGCCAAUGAACGUUGCCGAUCUGAUUUAA